UAACUCACUGUGAUUGGCUCAAUCCAACAGCUCCAACAGUAUAAUAAUCAUAAUAAUGGUUAUCAGUUACAGGAUAUAAAAAUACUAAAACAAAAUUUAAUUAUAAAAAUGUUUAAACAAAGUUUAAAACUUAUCACUCCAGGAAAUUUAAAUAUAUUUUCCGGUUGUCUUAAACAUGAAACCUAUUGUACAAUAACAAGUCAAUCAACAAAAAAAUGGGAUUUAUUAAGUGCAGUUUGUUUAGAACGACAUCCAAUUAUUACUAAACCAAUGAGUGAAAUGGAAAGGAAAUUUCAAGAAUCUAUCUAUGAAAUAGAGCAUGAGAAAAGUUUUAAAUCAAAUCACGAAUUAAGAAUAGAAAGAGAGGAAUUGGAGAAAAAAUCAAAAGUAAAAGUGUUAGAUGAAAAAGAGGAUAGUAAAUUAAAAUUACAAUCUGUAGGAGAAUAUGAAGAUGCUUGUAAGCAGGAGCUUGAGUCUUUUAAAUUUGCUCCUAGAAUAACAGAGGCAGAUGAGAAAAAUAUUACAAAUACAUUUAAAAGAAAAUUGGAUCGAACGUUGCUUUUGUUAACUGAGCAAAAAUUUGGUAAUACUUUAUUAUGGAAACCACCACAAGGAAUUAGAAACGAUGGUGAAACUAUGAGACAGGCAGCAGAAAGAAUUUUACUUGACUCCUGUGGUUCUGAUUUAACUGUUCAAUUUUAUGGAAAUUCUCCCAUUGGUUAUUAUAAAUAUUUAUAUCCAAUGGCGGUACGAACGGAAAAAGCCGAUGGUGCAAAAGUAUUUUUCUAUUUAGCUAAAUAUAUAAAAGGAAAUAUUUCCGAUAAAGUGAAACAUCAAUGGCUCGAUAGAACGGAACUUUCUCAAGUAUUAGGAAAAGGAACACGAAGAGUUUUAUUUCAAUUUUUGAUUCCCGAAUGAAUGUAAUUUGAUGAAUCAUUUAUAGAUGAAUGCCAAGUGUGUAAGAAAUAUAAAUUUCUGUACAUAUAUUAUUAGGCUGAAACAAUUUAUACACUUGAUUUUGAAAUUAAUUUCGUAAGUAAAUUUUUUAUUUCUUUUUUGUUUACGAGUAAAAUAAUUUUUUUUUUUUUUUCGUUUUUCAGAGGCACUUUUAUUUUUUUCCUUCGAACUAUGUACAGUGUGAGAAAAUAUAGUAUUGAUAUUAAUAGAUAA